AUGCGAACGGUGCGAUCAUUCGCAUGUGAGGAAGUCGAGGCCGAUCGGUUCUACAUGAAGCUGACGAAGACCCUUCACGUGACCAGAACGAAGGCGAUUGCUUACAUAGGAUUCCUAUGGGUAUCUGAGCUGUUCCAAACAUUCAUCAUCGUUGCAGUCAUGUGGUAUGGUGGACAUCUGGUUCUCAGUGGAAAAAUGAAGUCAGAUCUGCUCGUUUCAUUCCUACUCUAUCAAAUGCAACUCUGCGAAAACUUGCGACAGAUGGGAGAAGUAUGGACUGGUUUGAUGCAGUCGGUUGGAGCCAGCAGAAAGGUGUUCGAGUACAUCGAUCGCGUUCCAACAAUUACUCACUUCGGAACAGCUCAACCGCCAGUUUUGAAAGGACGUAUUGAGUUCCGUAACGUUCAUUUCAGUUAUCCAACCAGAAGCAACAUACCGAUUCUUCGUGACCUAUCUUUCACGGUUGAACCGGGAGAGACAGUCGCACUUGUUGGUCCAUCUGGAUCAGGGAAAUCUUCGUGCAUUGCUUUAUUGGAGAACUUCUAUCAGCCUAAUGCUGGUCAAGUUCUCGUUGACGGCGUACCUUUGGAAGAUUACGAGCAUCAUUACAUUCACAGAAAGAUUGCUCUCGUCGGACAAGAACCUGUACUCUUCGCCCGUUCUGUCACUGAGAAUAUCCGCUAUGGUGUUGACGUCAUGGAAGCGGACGUGGUGAAAGCAGCUGAAAUGGCCAAUGCGCAUGGGUUCAUUAUGCAAACGACAAUGAAAUACGAGACCAAUGUUGGAGAGAAAGGCAGUCAAAUGUCUGGCGGUCAGAAGCAACGUAUCGCCAUCGCCCGAGCCUUGGUGAGGGAACCGGCCAUACUUCUGCUUGACGAGGCUACUUCAGCGCUGGAUACCGAAUCUGAACAUUUAGUGCAGGCAAGUGGAUGCUUUCCUUUUGCGAGCGGCGCAGUCCUCGUAUACUAG